AUGCUGCGACUCUCGCGGCUCGCACUCUGCCCGUGCGCAACCCGCCCACUCGCGCCGCUCCUCCUCCUCUCGCCCUCCCCGUCCUCAUCGCUCGCACUCGCAUCCUCACAUCGCCCACUCUCAACCACACCCGCACGCGCGAAAACCCCUCCUACUCUCGCAGAACGUCAAGCCCGCAAAGCUCGCAAACAAGCUCACCGAGACUGGCUCGCGCGCAACCCUGACCGUCCCGAACCCAGACUCGCGAGUUCGUCCCUCGCGCGCAUCAAGACGCUCGACCAGAUCCGCGGGGAGCGCGCAGAGAAAAAGGCGCGCAAGAAGGCGGAGAAGCUGGAAAAGGCCGAGAAGCAGCUCGAGCGGAGACGCAGGGCGAGGGAGGCUCUCCCCUUCGAGGCGCGCAACAGCGACUCGCACCAGCUCGCGACGACCGUCAAGCGCUUGUUCCUCUCCCCCGCGGCGGGCGGCGCGGCAGCCGGACCGACCGUCGGGCUCGGCGAGGCGCUCAACCUCAUCCGCUCACACAGCGACAAGGCCAACGUCGUCGUCUGGAACGGCUUCCUCCAACUCAUCCUCAACCCCGUCCUCGUCGACGCCAAGAAGAGCAAGUUUGCCCAGGUCAACGGCUCGCUCGGGCACGCGUUUGCGGUCAAGAAGGCGUACGAGGUCUGGAUGGAGAUGAAGCGGAGGGGCAUCACGCCCAACGUACGCAGCUACCAGACGUUCUUGACGGGCUCGGCCAAGCGCGCGCGAUUCAUCGCCGAGGCCGUCAAGGACAUGGGCGACAACAGGGACCGCGCCAACACCCUCGCGCGCGUCAUGGACGGCUGGAAUGCAGAGUUGCGCGCGAAAGUAGAGACUGUCCACAAGCAGUGGCUUGCGCACUGCGAGCGCGUCGGGAUCAAGGCGGCGGAGCAGGCAGAGACGGGACGGUUCGGAAUCGGCGAGGACGAGAUCGAGUACGAGGAUGUCGAGGAGGAAUACAGGCGCGGCAGCGGGCGCAAAGCGCGCGGGACCAAGGUUCGCGAGCGAGAAGGGCGGUUCGAGACGCCAGGCGACCUCUCGCCUGUCCCGACCACGCAGUAUCUCGGCUUCCUCGCCCACAAUCUCGCGGUAGUUACCGCGCCCUCGUCGACCGGCUCUCGUGCGCAGGGAGGUCCCGCGAUCCUCUCUGCCCUCCUUCGCACGUUCGAGGCGAUGCCGGAUGCGGACGACAAGGACCGCGAGGUGGCCCGCUUGGCCAAGACGGGCGUCACGUACGGCGUCGUCUUUGGCGCGCUCAAGGAUGCCGUGCACGCGGUCGUGCCCGCGGGCAAGCGGGCACUGGCGGAGACGGAGGACGCCGAGGGCGUCACUGCGAGUCGGCAUGCGACGGAUGGAGCGAACGACGAGCUCGACUUUGGCGAGUCCGAGUCGUCGUACCCGUCCCUCGCCGCUUUGCUCAAGACGGCUACGACGUACUGGGACAACCUCGUCGCGCACCGCCCGCUCGCCAACGCCCCUCUUUCGACCUCCCGCAUCCCUUCCCCCGGCUCGAGCGACUACAACCUCGACCCGAUCGUCGCCACCCGCUUCCUCAGCAUCUUCACCGUCCCUCCAGCCUCGCUCGUUCCCUUCCCUCUCGUCGCUCGCGCGCUCGAAGUCGCACAAUCCGCAUUCGGGUUCGUCCCGCCCAACAACCUCGCCGACCUCGAGUACCCGCAUCCUCCGUCUCUCAAAACCCCGCUCGCGACCCCGAUCGAUUCUCGCGGAUUCUCGGUUGCGUUGGCCGUUGCGAGGAGGGCGGGCAAGGAAAGUUGGGUCAAGGCUUGGUGGGAGAUGGUUGCGCAUUAUCCGGAGCGAUUCGGGUUCAAGCAUCGCCCGGAUGUCGAUUUGUUCUUGAGGAGGAGGGAGCAGGCCGAGAUUGUUAUGCGCGCUUGUGCGUCGCAGAGGGACUCGUACGGCAUCGAGGAAAUGAUGGAGCACCUCACCGAACUUUCGCUACACAACACACACAAGCCCCUCGUCUCGACCUACGAAGUGGCCCUGUCCUCCCUCCACCGCAUCGGCUCGAUCGAGUCGACCAACGCCGCCCUCCGCCUCUGGUGGGACAUGGUCCGCACCGACCCGCCUCUCGUACCCGGUCAGAAGCCCCGCCGGCGAGGCGAGGACGACGAGCCUGGCCAUGCUGUACACCUCAGCUAUGCGCGCUCGGCGGAGAGUGUGAUUCGCGCGGCGCUCGCGACGAGGGACAAGUCGCUCGUCUGGCGCGCAGUCAAGGCUGUUGCCUUCCCCUCCGCCCCUGGAGACCCCGAAGCGUUCGAGGAAGGCGACGGCAAAGGCGUCAGCUUCGAUGCCCUCUCGCCGAAGAACUUCCCGCCCAGCGUCACGGACGGCGAAGGCAAGCGCGCCGAGUUGACGAAGAACUUCGUCUCGCUCGCCAGCGCGUACGUCGGAGCUCUCAGCCGCCUCGUCCCGUCGGGCAGCUCGGAGCGCAAGGGCGAGAGGGGCGAAGCCGUCUUGCCGCCCAAGAUGGUCGCCGACCUCAAGGACUGGCACGACAAGUUGAAGGUUUGGAUGAGGCAGACGGGCGCCGAGGCGGGUUUGCACGUGCGUGGAGAUGUCGUUGGCGACAUGGCGGAGCGGAGGGCGUUGAGGGCGGAGCGCGAGCGCGAGAGGGCGGCGGCGCCGCAGCAGAGGCGGGAGGAGCGGAGUGAGGAGGACGAGGACGGCGAGGAGUCCGGCAAGUUGCAGCGGAAGGCGAGGCGGGAGAAGUGGUGGAGCGAGCGGCAGGAGAAGGAGGCGGAACUGGAGUUGCUGGGUCUCAAGCCGACUGAGCGACGAGGCGGCUUCCGGGACGGCGCGCACAAGCCACGCCCGAGCUGGCGCGACCGCGACGAGAAGCACAGGCGCGGGUUCAGCGACGGGCCGAAGCAGGACAGGCUGACGGGCAGGAGGCACCUCAAGCCUCGCUAUGGAUAG